AUGAUGUGGUUGCAAUGCUUGGCUGCGACGCUGCUGGUUGCCGCGGCCGCUGGGGAAGUCUUCACGAACUCGUUUCUCGUACGUUUCAAGAGAUCCGUAGGUCACGAGGAGGCCCACGAGCUCGCUCUGCAGCACGGCUUUGACAACCUUGGCACGGUACUUGGCUCUGAGACCGAAUGGCAUUUCGCACACCGCGGACUGCCUCAAGCUCGGCCGAGGCGAUCCAUCGCACACGCCCGACUCCUAAAGAGGCACCCAUUGGUACAUACGGCGGUACAGCAAACUGGUUUCAAGCGCGUCAAACGUGGUUUCCGUCCACUUCGCUUACCAGAGACUGCACCAGCACCAGCUGAGCCACGUGAUCCCUACUUCCCCCUCCAGUGGUACUUAAAGAAUACCGGUCAAAAUGGCGGCAAGCCCAAACUUGAUCUCAACGUUGAGGCCGCUUGGGCCCAAGGUUAUACAGGAGUAAAUGUUACAACUGCCAUCAUGGACGAUGGGGUUGAUUACAUGCAUCCAGAUUUAAAAUAUAAUUAUAACGCGGAGGCAUCAUAUGACUUCAGUAGUAAUGAUCCGUUCCCAUAUCCUCGUUAUACGGACGAUUGGUUUAACAGUCACGGUACGAGGUGCGCUGGUGAAGUAGCGGCGGCUCGUGACAACGGCGUCUGCGGCGUGGGGGUCGCUUACCACUCGAAGGUCGCUGGUAUCAGAAUGUUGGAUCAGCCGUACAUGACGGAUCUUAUAGAAGCCAACUCUAUGGGACACGAGCCCCAUAAGAUUCACAUCUACAGCGCUUCAUGGGGUCCUACAGAUGAUGGGAGAACAGUUGAUGGACCAAGAAACGCUACGAUGAGAGCUAUAGUCAGAGGCGUUAAUGAGGGUCGGAACGGUCUUGGCAACAUCUAUGUUUGGGCGAGUGGUGACGGCGGUGAAGAUGAUGACUGUAACUGUGAUGGAUAUGCAGCCUCCAUGUGGACUGUAUCCAUUAAUAGCGCAAUAAACGACGGUCAGAACGCUCACUACGACGAGUCGUGUUCAUCAACUUUAGCCAGUACGUUCAGUAACGGCGCUAGAGAUCCAAGUACUGGUGUAGCUACAACUGACCUGUAUGGGAAAUGUACGGCAACACACUCUGGAACUUCUGCAGCCGCGCCAGAAGCUGCAGGUGUAUUCGCCUUGGCUUUACACGCGAAUCCAAACUUGACAUGGCGUGACAUUCAGCAUCUCACUGUUUUGACAUCAAAAAGGAACUCAUUAUAUGACGCGAAGGGUCGUUUCCAUUGGACUAUGAAUGGAGUUGGUCUUGAAUUCAAUCAUCUGUUUGGUUUCGGAGUACUUGACGCGGGAGCUAUGACAGCCCUCGCCGCUAAUUGGCGAUCUGUUCCACCAAGAUAUCAUUGUGAAGCCGGCUCAGUUGACACUCACACCGAGCUCCCAUCGGAAGGUAGUAUCACACUCCAAAUAGACACGUCAGCAUGUGCAGGAACCCCAAGUGAGGUUCGGUAUUUGGAGCAUGUUCAAGCUGUUGUCAGCGCCAACGCUACAAGACGAGGGGACUUAGAACUCUUCCUCACCAGCCCUAUGGGAACUAAAUCGAUGAUUCUGAGCAGGCGUGCUAAUGAUGACGACAGUCGCGAUGGUUUUACCAAGUGGCCGUUUAUGACGACGCAUACGUGGGGAGAGUAUCCGCAAGGAGUUUGGUCUUUGGAGGCCAGAUUCAGCAGCCCAGGUCGAUCUGGUUGGUUGCGAGGCUGGUCCCUAGUACUUCACGGUACGAGAGCCCCGCCGUACGCUCAACUCCAACCCCAAGACCCUCGCUCCAAGCUGGCAGUCGUCAAGAAGGCUCACGAAGACAACGCUAUCAACGACUAA